GCCGGAGAACCCGGAGAGAACCCACGCAUACACGGGGAGAACAUGCAAACUCCACCCAGAAAGGCCCUGGUUGAACCGGUACCUUGUAUCUCUGCCUUCUGAUGGCAGCAGGGCUCGGGAUUUGAACCCAGAACCUUCUUGCUGUGAGGCGAAGGUGCUAACCACUACACCACCGUGCAGCCACAUUGUUUUCUUGUUUUUGUUUUUUUUACACGAGCCCUGCUGCCAUCAGAAGGCAGAGAUACAAGGUACUGGUGUUUUUCAGGCAAUGACAAUAUAUCAGCUUUAGUGCUAGACAACAAGAUAACAAGAUAGAUUAGGCUGUUUCACUCGUUGUCCUAUGUGCCACAAAAGCAAAGCAAAAAAUGUUAAGAAAUGGGAUAAGCGUGGCUGGUCCUUUAUGACAUAACUAGCAUCAUAAAGGAUCACAUGUUAUUGUAAUCAAGUGAGAUUUCUGUUAUCAGAGAAGAUUGCUGUAUAAUGAAACAUGAAAAGAUCUGUGAUUUCCAUUUGGAGUUGAGAAAGCUUUUCAUAACAUUCCACACCUUCACCCAGGGAUUCUCACAUAAUAUAUCUACUGGAUAGAAAGAAAAUAAACACAAUGUCUGUGGAUGGACACUGUAGCAGUAAAUGAUUGUGUCAUAUGAUCACUUCUCUGAAAUUCUCUGACACCAUUAUAAAUAUUAUGAUAUCAUAUGUUGGCUGUAAAUUGUAAUAGUUGAAUAAACAGAUGCAGUGCAAGUUUGCAUAUGAAUGUUUGAGUAUUGUUUGCAAGAAGGGCAGAUGCUUGCAGAUGUUGAGGUGGAAUAACGCCGACUGAGCAGUAGAGGGCGGUAGGACACGGGGGGGGGGGGUGAAAAGCACAUGGGAAAAGUGCAUGAUCUGGCUGUUAGAGCAGCUGUGAAAGAUGUUUUGUAUGUGUGGAUUUUGAAAAACAAAGUGAUAAGAAAAGGAAACGCCUUCCGUCACAGCUUCAAUUCAAAUGGCGUAAAGUUGUGUUUUCCCAACAGCGGGCACACAAUCCCAUCCAAGGUGAUGCUGAGGGAAAUGUCCGAUCCCCAAUGACUUUGGGUUUAUGAGGUCUUGAGUGCAGGAGCUUCGGAUGGAGGUGGAGAAGGUGACGGAGGUGCAGCCCCCUCCCUCCCCCCCUCCUCGGCUCAGUGUCUCCGGCUCGUCCCCGGUGCUCGUCCCUCCCACCUCGGUGGCCUCAGAUCACCACCGCGUCGCCUCCGACUCGAGCCCCACGACUUCACCGUGACCUCGACGAGGAGAGCGACGACCAUGUCCCCGCCAGAAGCCCACGAGUAACAGCGACUUGGAGAGGUUGGUUGGCGUUCCCCGAGGGGAUGAUGGAGCGGGGGUUUAUCACAUCCGCCCCCAUCAUCCAUGGGCCGUUGCGCGGUUCUUCCUUCAUCAGCUGGCCGGGCAUCUUGACGCGCGUCUCGUCUUUCACUGGGAAGUGCUCGGCUCCCAUUACUGCGCCGGACAAUGGGAUGUUUUUCCACUGAGGCAACUCUGUGCUGCUUACAGUAGAGAUACAGUAAAAAAAAUCUCACCCGCAUGUGAAGAAGUUAGUGUUGCCUGACGUUCGUGUUCCUUAAAACUUAGAGUGAAAGUUCGUGGUGUGUCUCUGCAGAGCCCCCAGACAUCACUGGUGCAUGAACUGCAUUUACUCCAAUAGAAGUGGAGCAAAAGGACCAGUAAGGAAACAGCCAGACUCCAGGGAGAGAGAUGAAUUCUGCCCAGAUGCCACGAAAGGUGCUCAGAUAUUCAGUGUGUCCCUGGGUGUUUCCAGAAGGGCAUUGCAGGUCUAGGGGGUCACGCAAGACGCUAGAGCCACAGAUGGAGAGCGAGAGGGAGGGAGGGACAUGGCAACUGGAAGGCUGGAGAGGAGAGAGGAGACUGAUAGAGGAUCUGGCCAAGCCACCAGUCCCCAGACACACUGUGCCACGGAGACAGAUGCAGCUCUCUGCUGAAUGUCAUUUCCUCAUUAUGGCUCUAAAACACCAGAGAUGGUCUUGUGAGCAUGUGAGCUGUUGUGGAGUGGCUGUAAUGUCUGACUGAGUUCUACUUAUUUACAGCGAGACAGUCUGAUGGGCCAUAGCCGAAGGAAGCCGGCAAAGUGGAGAUGUUCAGAAAGAGGUUACCUCCAGAGGAGGAGAGAAGGGUCAGAGCCAAUGACAGAGAGUACAAUGAAAAGUUCCAGUAUGCGAGCAACUGCAUCAUGACAUCGAAGUACAACAUCAUCACCUUCCUGCCCGUCAAUCUGUUUGAGCAGUUCCAGGAAGUAGCCAACACCUACUUCCUUUUCCUGCUCAUACUGCAGUUGAUUCCCCAGAUCUCCUCCCUCUCCUGGUUCACUACCAUCGUGCCUUUAGCUCUGGUGCUGACCAUCACUGCAGUAAAGGAUGCCACGGACGACUAUUUUCGUCACAAGAGCGACAACCAAGUGAACAACCGUCAGUCUCAGGUCCUGAUCCGUGGCCUUCUUCAGAAUGAGAAGUGGAUGAAUGUUCGAGUGGGUGAUAUCAUCAAACUGGAGAACAACCAGUUUGUGGCAGCUGACCUGCUCCUCCUGUCCAGCAGUGAGCCUCACGGGCUCUGUUACAUCGAGACAGCCGAGCUGGACGGAGAGACCAAUAUGAAGGUGCGUCAGUCGGUAUCGGUGACAUCUGAACUUGGAGACCAGAACAACCUUUCUUCAUUCAACGGCGAGGUGGUGUGUGAGCCUCCCAACAACAAGCUGGAUCGUUUCUGUGGGACGCUGUACUGGAGAGACAAGAAAUACACCCUUACCAACCAGAACAUGCUGCUGCGAGGAUGUGUCCUCCGCAACACGGAAGCCUGCUAUGGCCUGGUCAUCUUUGCAGGCCCAGAUACCAAGCUAAUGCAGAACAGCGGCCGCACUAAGUUUAAGCGCACGAGCAUCGAUCGCCUGAUGAACACUCUGGUCCUCUGGAUCUUUGGCUUCCUGGUGUGUAUGGGUGUGAUCUUGGCCAUUGGUAACGCUGUGUGGGAGAGAGAGGUGGGCUCCCUGUUUCAGAGCUACCUGCCCUGGGACCCUCCUGUGGACAACUUUCUGUUCAAUGCCUUCCUCUCCUUCUGGUCCUACGUCAUCAUCCUCAACACAGUGGUGCCUAUCUCUCUGUAUGUCAGUGUGGAGGUGAUCAGGCUUGGUCACAGCUACUUCAUCAACUGGGACCAGCACAUGUUCUGCUCACAGUGUAACACGGCAGCUGAGGCCAGGACCACCACUCUGAACGAGGAGCUGGGCCAGGUUGAAUACAUCUUCAGUGAUAAAACUGGAACUCUUACUCAGAACAUCAUGAGCUUCAACAAGUGCUCUAUCAAUGGACAGACAUUUGGUGAAAUUACAGACCCACUUGGUCCUCAGCCAAAGAGACUGGACUUUACUCCCUUCAACCCCCUGGCAGACCUGGACUUCUGUUUCUAUGACGACACGCUGCUGGAAUCAGUGAAAGUGGGAGACCUGCACACUCAGGAGUUUUUCCGCCUGCUUUCCCUCUGUCACACUGUCAUGAGUGAGGAGAAGAGCGAGGGAGAGCUGGUUUACAAGGCUCAGUCUCCAGAUGAGGGCGCCUUAGUGACAGCAGCUCGCAACUUCGGCUUUGUGUUUCGCUCCCGAACGCCAGGGACGAUCUCCACCACAGAGAUGGGACGACCCGCCACCUACACUCUGCUCGCCAUUCUGGACUUCAACAACAUACGCAAAAGGAUGUCUGUUAUAGUGCGUAACGCAGAGGGCAGGAUCCGUCUGUACUGUAAAGGAGCUGACACUGUGCUGCUGGAGAGACUCCACCCCUGUAACCAGGAACUGACGAAUAUCACCUCAGACCAUCUCAAUGAGUAUGCAGCGGAUGGUCUACGGACCCUGGCCCUGGCCUACAGGGACCUGACAGAGGACGAGUGGGAGGCGUGGUCCGAGAGCCACCGCUGCGCUGACAAGGCUACCGACUGCAGAGAGGACCGGCUGGCGGCCGCAUACGAGCAGAUAGAGCAAGACAUGAUGCUUCUGGGGGCCACAGCCAUCGAGGACAAGCUGCAGGAAGGUGUACCAGAGACCAUCGCUGUCCUGUCUCUGGCCAACAUUAAAAUCUGGGUUCUCACUGGAGACAAGCAGGAGACAGCUGUCAACAUAGGUUACUCGUGCAAGAUGCUGACAGAUGACAUGACGGAGGUGUUCAUCAUCAGUGGACACACUGUCCAGAGUGUGCGGCAGGAGCUCAGGAGGGCGAGGGAAAGGAUGAUUGAGCUGUCACAAACCAGAGAUGCAGUGAAGGAGGCUGGGAUGGAGGGAUGGGGGGAGGCAUACUUCACCGGAAACGGGCUCCGAGAAGGAGAUGGUACAGGAGGACGAGCGAAACAGCUGCCGUGCCCUCCUCCUCCACCUCCUCCUCCUCCUCCACCUCCUUCCAACCUCAUGGACAACAUCUCUGGAGAGUUCGCCCUCAUAAUCAACGGUCACAGUCUGGCCCACGCUCUCGAGGCAGACAUGGAGACGGAAUUCCUGUCGACUGCGUGCGCGUGCAAAGCAGUCAUCUGCUGCAGGGUCACGCCGUUGCAAAAAGCGCAGGUGGUGGAGCUCAUCAAGAAGCACAAGAAGGCCGUGACUCUGGCUAUAGGAGAUGGCGCGAACGACGUUAGCAUGAUCAAAAGCGCUCAUAUUGGAGUUGGUAUCUCAGGUCAAGAGGGGAUCCAGGCCGUGCUGGCCAGCGACUACUCCUUCUCCCAGUUCCGCUUCCUCCAGCGUCUCCUGCUGGUCCACGGCCGCUGGUCCUACCUGCGCAUGUGCCGUUUCCUCUGCUACUUCUUCUAUAAGAAUUUUGCCUUCACCAUGGUGCACUUCUGGUUCGGCUUCUUCUGUGGCUUCUCUGCUCAGACUGUGUAUGAUCAGUACUUCAUCACACUCUACAACAUUGUCUACACAUCCCUCCCUGUGCUGGCCAUGGGGAUAUUUGACCAGGAUGUUCCUGACCACAGGAGUCUGGAGUAUCCUAAGCUGUACGAACCCGGGCAGCUCAACCUGCUCUUCAACAAGAAAGAGUUCUUCAUCUGCAUCGCCCAGGGCAUAUACACAUCGGUGGUGCUGUUUUUUGUCCCCUAUGCUGUCCUGUCUGACGCCUCCCAGAGCAACGGGGUGCCCCUCGCCGACUACCAGACCUUCGCCGUCACCACAGCGACAGCACUGGUCAUUGUGGUCAGCGUGCAGAUCGCUCUCGACACAGGCUUCUGGACGGUCAUCAACCAUGUGUGUGUGUGGGGCUCUCUGGGCUCCUACUUCACCAUCAUGUUCGCCCUGCACAGUCAGUCGCUCUUCAGGAUCUUUCCCAAUCAGUUCCACUUUGUAGGUAGUGCCCAGAGCACGUUAUUGCAGCCAGUCGUGUGGUUAACUAUUGCGCUGGCAACAGCAAUAUGCAUAGUUCCAGUUUUGGCAUUCCGCUUCCUCAAGCUGGACCUUAAACCUCAACUCUCAGACACGGUGCGCUACACUCAGUUGGUGCGGCAGAAGAAGCGGAAGCCAGUUGGCCGCAGCGUAGGCGGUGCCUGGCGCGGCACGGGCAGCGUGUCAGAGGGUCGUCUGGGCGCUCGGGGUGGUUCUAGGAGGUCAGGCUACGCCUUUGCCCACCAGGAGGGCUUUGGAGAGCUGAUCACCUCGGGAAAGAACAUGAGGCUCUCGUCUAUGGCUCUGGCCUCCUUUGCCUCCAGACACAGCUCCGGCUGGAUCGACACGCUGCGAAGGAAGAAGCACACUCCGCCCAGCACCUCGGGGGAGUGCAGUCCAGCACCCAGUUGUGUCUCUGGGUCAGUUCCUCCACUCUCAAACUCCUCCUCUGUUCUGGGCGGCUCACAAGAUACACCUAUUGAGCAGGAAACGGGCACAGCACCCGCCCAAAAUACGCAGCCUGUUCCGUCGUCAUCCUCACAAACCCCACCAGCUAUAGUGCCGGAUUCAGAAGCAGCUGCACCUCAGGGUCAAGCUCAGGCCCCGAAUGCCGGCGUCUUCAACUCCUCAGCGGUGAAAUGCCAUGGAGGAGACUCACCUGGAGGCUGGACACUCUCUCUUAGUACUGUGCAGGAAGCUCUGUUUGGUUGGAAGGGUAUUGCAGCUCGCACUAGUGGAUCCAACAGCCAUGGCCCACCCUCCGUUGCCAAGGAAACCAGCCAAAUUGAGUGAAGCAUUCCUGAUAAAUGGAGGAGUCACUUGUUUGUCAGCUGUUUGCAGGCACAUACAGAAUGUGUUCUGUGCUUUUCUGGAGAUAUACUGAGAAAUGGAGAGGACGUGGACUGUAGUAAAACCCACUAUGAGUUGGGAUUUAAUGGUGAAUGAUUGUACAUGUUCCCACGGCGUACAAUGACAGAACAUCAUGAGAUCGACACUAUACACGUUGCACUGCAGCAGUUGCAGAAACAGAUGUCGAGAUAACUAAUUAAUUACCUAAAACAUUGUUUUCACUUCUGCAAAGAUUAGUCUCAUUCAUAGCUAAGGCGCACAGUAUUCCUCAAAAUCAGCAGUUAGUUGAAUGAAUGAAUGAGCAGUAACUUUAAACCAUUGACGUGCAGACAUUAUAAUAUGUACAUGUGUUUGUUUUUUUGUCUCUGUGUUGACUAUAGUUCUCAGUGAGAACGGCUCCUUAAGUUACAGAACAUUGCAAGGCUCUUGCUAAAUUUUUCUCUCAAUGUAUAUGUUUUGAUAAUUGUUUUACCUCUACAUGUUUUCUGUUUUACAUCAUAUUGAUGUGUUUUAUUAUGGCCUAGUUGAAAUGUACCUUAAAGCAAACUCUCAGUGCUUUUCUCCUUCAAUUUGCAAGUGAGGCCUUUUUUUGGUCUGACAAAGGCCCGGAUCAUGUCUAUGUACCUCUCAUGUAAUGACUCACACCGCCACAGUCUGGCUGUCACAGCUAUUUGUCAAAGUCUCAGUCAUACAUGUUGUCACUUUUUGUGCAGAUUCAUACUCCUCAAAAGUGCUUUAAAUUUCUAUUCGUAAUCUUUUUUUAAAUUAUUUGAAAUCAUGCCAAAAGUCUAAUCCUCAUGACGUCUUUUUCCCCGAUUCCCGAUCCAUCAGUCAAGCAUUAGCAUCCCAUCACAUUGCAAAUACAAUAAGUAGGUUAAGCAGAGGAAUGGAAAAAGUUGUUAAAAGUUGGUCAACAAACACAUUAUCUCUCACGUGAGAGAAACAUAGUGUCCAUGCAAAUAUCAUUUCACGUCGCAACUCAAGUGUAAGAUGGUCCGAGAAGUAGUGAAGCGUUGAAUUAGAGCAAAAAGAAAUGACAACAUGAGAUUUCUUUUGUGUUUUAAUCUUAACCAUAUGAAAAAACUUUCGUGCCACAAGCACCCUUCAGUCUACCACAUCAUCUUGGUGGUGUGGCAUCACUCUCCACUGGCCGGGGUUCAAAUACAAAUGGAGAAUAUUGUAAGAGAUAUUUUGAGCUGUGUGCAAAUAAUAAAAAAAAAUAGCAGUUCUAUUGAAAUAAAAGGGAGCAAAGCCAAAAAAGUC